ACCUGCGGGGAGGGUGCACCCUUGUCUGUAAUGAUCUUCCCUUCUUCUCUGCACCCCGUCGUUGCACGUCCUCCAGGGGUGCCCCGGUCUCAGCACCCCUUAUUUGACGCCGCUACCCCCGGGGCCUCACACCCCCCGUUGUGUCUCCUUCGCAGAUGCUCAAGGUGUCAGCCGUGCUGUGCGUGUGCGCGGCGGCUUGGUGCAGUCAGCCACUCGCGGCGGCCGCGGCGGUGGCUGCGGCCGGGGGGCGGUCUGACGGCGGUAAUUUUCUGGAUGAAAAACAAUGGCUCACCACAAUCUCCCAGUAUGACAAGGAAGUCGGACAGUGGAACAAAUUCCGAGACGAUGAUUAUUUUCGCACUUGGAGUCCAGGAAAACCCUUUGAUCAAGCAUUAGAUCCAGCUAGAGACCCAUGCUUAAAGAUGAAAUGUGGUCGUCAUAAAAUAUGCGUCACUCAAGAUUCUCAGACUGCAAUGUGCAUUAGUCACCGGAGGCUUACACACAGUAUGAAAGAAUCAGGAGUAGGCCAUAAGCAAUGGAGAGGUCUCCCAUCAGCAUCUUGUAAGCAGUGCCCAAUGGUCUCCACCAAUUCUGUCUGUGGUUCAGAUGGUCAUUCCUAUUCUUCGCAGUGCAAGCUAGAAUAUCAAGCAUGUAUCUUGGGAAAACAGAUCUCUGUCAAAUGUGAAGGACACUGUCCUUGUUUCUCAGAGAAGUCCAAAAGUGCAAGCAGAAGUGUUAAGAGAGCAUGCAGUGACCUGGAAUUCAGAGAGGUGGCAAACAGAUUGAGGGACUGGUUCAAGGCACUUCAUGAAAGUGGAAGUCAAAACAAGAAGACAAAAGCAUUACUGAGGCCUGAGAGAAGCAGAUUUGAUACCAGUAUUCUGCCAAUUUGCAAGGAUUCACUUGGCUGGAUGUUUAAUAGACUUGAUACAAAUUAUGACCUGCUAUUGGACCAGUCAGAACUUGGGAGCAUUUAUCUCGACAAGAAUGAGCAGUGUACCAAGGCAUUCUUCAACUCGUGUGACACAUACAAGGACAGUUUGAUAUCCAACAAUGAGUGGUGCUACUGCUUCCAGAGGCAGCAAGACCCACCUUGCCAGACAGAACUCAGCAAUCUUCAGAAGCGACAGGGAGUAAAGAAGCUCCUAGGACAGUAUGUUCCCCUUUGUGAUGAAGAUGGCUACUAUAAGCCAACACAAUGCCACGGGAGUGUUGGGCAGUGCUGGUGUGUUGACAGAUAUGGAAAUGAAGUUAUGGGGUCCAGAAUCAAUGGUGUUGCAGAUUGUGCUACAGAUUUUGAGAUCUCUGGAGAUUUUGCAAGUGGAGAUUUCCAUGAGUGGGCAGAUAAUGAAGAUGAAGAAGAUGACAUUAUGAAUGAUAAAGAUGACAUUGAAGAUGAUAAUGAAGAUGAAGGGGAUGAUGAUGAUGAUAUAGAUGACCAUGAUGGAUACAUUUGACCAGUGACAGCUGAGAUCAAUAUGUUCGACAUUUUUAGUAUCUGCAAAGUGAUAACAUAUGGAGAAUUACCUUCUUUUUCCAAAACAAAAUGAUUCUAAACUUCACAUAUAUUUUGUAUAAUUAUUUAAAAUAUUGUAAUUAAAGUCAUAAUACUUUAUGUUUAAGUAAGAAUCAUUUACUUUUAGUUUUUGUAUAUCUUAGAAAAAGCAAAACAUACAUGGACUAUAGCCAGACAAGGAAAGUCAUGAAGAUUAACUAUAAUAAAUUUUUCAUAAGAAGACUCUUUGUAAAUGUUCCACAAAUUAAGUAACAACUAAUGUGUGCUUGGAUCAUAUGAGUUGCUUAUAUGAGAGAUACUAUAAGUUUACAAUAACUUAUUAAUAGCCUCUACCCCAAGGAUUUUAUGACAUUAUGCAUGACCUUAAUUUUAAUUCUAAUAGGACAUCUUAUCAAACUUAGAGUGAGUAGGGAUAAUGAGGAAGACACUACAUGAUAAGGAAAGCAAAGAGACCACCAUAAGAGCUUUAUUUAGGGUGUGUUUUUAAUUUUGAAGUUUUCCUGGUUAUAAUGGACUAUUUUAUAAAGUGGUAAAUAUGAAGACUAUGGAUUCUGAAAGUUAAAGGCAGUUUUGUUUUUCCAUUUUAAUUUGAAUGGCAGUUUCAUGUAGUUACUUUUGUUUAAAUAUCAUUUAUUGAACAAUGUGAUUUCUAUAUUUUAUAUGAAUUUAAGAAAGAGUUUAGAUUAGGAAGCAAAGUAAAAGAUUCAUUUCAAUAAUAUUUUCAUUAAAAACAUUUUUUGCCCCAAGAUCAAAUUUGAAAACAUUAAUUAAUGUUAUUUCAUAUUUUAGAUACAAUUUUGCAUUUAAUCUUAGAAUCAUUCCCUUUUUGUUAGUAGUGCUGAAGCUUAGAGAACAUAUUGUAUGGUGCCUUGCAAAAGAUAGAAGUAGGAAGGGUUAGCAUGCAAUGUAGGAUAUUAGGCAAUAUUUAAGCACACCUAAUUAACAAAUUAUUUCUAGUAAAGACACUGCUGCUGGAAUGAAGACUAUGAAAUGUGUUUCAUUCUUUUUUUUUUUUCCUUUUGUUCCAUAUUCCCAUGUGGACUUGUUUGCAAUUAUUGUGAAAAUUGACAUUUAAGACUUAAUUGUAACAAAACUUACUUUACACACUUUACUUAAGUUAGCAUGUUAGUUCACUGCAUAGUAAUUUUGGCAUACCAUCACUUUUCAGAAUAUCAGACCAAUGGCUUUGUGCUCAUAAUAGAAAUUUUAAAAACCUGUUGAAUGCUACACAUUGGUAUCAUUCAUUUCAACAGUGGGUAACUGGUUUCCUGGUACACUAUUCAUUGAAAGCAAAAUUGGUGAGCUUUUUUCCAUUUAAUUUAUAUACAUUAAAUAAAAACUCUAAUGUUGACCUUACAUAAUAUUUAGGGUAUAAUGUAUUUUCUUUUUUAACUGUUUAUGUAUAGUUUACAAAAUAAAGAA